AUGCCGAAACUUUCAAAAAUGUCAAAACAUAGGGAACGUGAUCAGAAAUGCUCAGGCGUUUAUGUCCCGGGAGCUGCCCGCGCCGUCAGUGGCCGUGGCGCGCUGCGACUGCUGCUCCUCGGGGCCGUCCUGCCGGUUUCGGGGAAUUGGGCGCGUGGUGCUUGCACGGGGCCCCGCUCGGUUUGGCCUGAUCUAGGUUCCAGAGAUGCAUCUCCAGAUGAAGGAGUAGUAGAAGAUAUGCCUAUGGUAGAUGAGAAAGCUGUGGAGCAGCUAACUGAAGGCUUAAUUUCUCAUUAUUUACCUGAUCUCCAGCGAUCAAAGUCAGCACUAAAGGAACUUACACAGAACCAAGUGGUGUUACUAGAAACAUUAGAGCAAGAAAUUUCAAAAUUCAAAGAAUGUAACUCCAUUCUUGAUAUCAAUGCCUUGUUUUCAGAAGCUAAGCACUAUCACAACAAGUUAGUGAAUAUUAGAAAUGAAAUGAUGAUGCUCCAUGAGAAGACAUCAAAGUUAAAAAAAAGAGCACUUAAGCUGCAACAAAAGAGGCAGAAAGAAGAACUAGAACGAGAACAGCAACGUGAGAAGGAACUUGAAAGAGAGAAGCAGUUAACAGCAAAACCUGCUAGGAGAACAUGAAAGCAGAGCAUGCAUCAACUUGUCCAAAUAAAUAAUUUUUGCAUUCUCUGGAAUUAAGGCAGACUUUUACUUAAAGUGGGCUGUAGCUGAUACUGGCAACAGUCUACAGUACGGUAUUAUAAAUUCCAGAAUGGUAGUAACCAGUUGGUAAAAUUCUAAUUUUCCAUUUCAGCCGUUCAAGUUGCCUUGUUUUCUAAUGCUAUGCAGUUUGAUAUUAUUAUAGCGCAAGUUAAUUUUUGAUAUAUCCGUGGGAGAAUUUAGGCAUCACAGUUUUACUUAGAUUCAUUUUUCAUCUGUUUUUCUGGUGUUUAGAACUCAGACUGAGGGAUAUUUGGUGACUGGCACACAUGUUUUUCAGACAAAAUACAGAGUUGUGGUUGUUGGAGUUCAAUUCUGGUCCCUGGAUUUCCAUGACUGCCUAUUUCACUAGGCCUAUUUCACUGCCUGUUUUCACUAUUUCAGCUUUGAUUCUGGCAGUUGUGCUCUCUUGUUGAUGUCCUGGCUUUUUGUGCCAGCUGGGUAUACUCAGUCUUUUGCCCAACAUUGUUAAUAUGUGAAUGCUGCAAAGCUCUAUGACACUGACAACAAUGGUGAGAAGUCCAGAUAACUCUGUUACAUUCGGAUCUCUUGUUUGAGUUUUCCUUUCACUCAUGCACACUUAGUUCAGUCAGUCUCUAAUGAGCUGAAGAGUAUGUGAGCUGCAGUACAGUUGCCUGAAAGCUCACUUUAUUGCAGCAGUCUUAUAUUUUUGCCGUCAAGGAACUGAAGAGUAACUUAAAAGUAACUUUUGCAUCAUUUCCCAGCGGAAUUGGAUGAAAAUAUAAAACAAAACACUGAAGAUCCUCAGAAAUUAUGUGUGCCCAUUGCAAAGAUUAAUGAAUUGGUGCUUCCUCAAAUGAUUGAGUCAAACCAAUGAACUGUUGCUUCUGUAAUGGUUCCACAGGAAGUGUGCGUGGUCUAAGCAGAUCUCUAUGGGAUUGAAAGUUUCAGUUUCUUCACUUUUUGUGACAACAUAAAACAAUCAAAACUAAGAAACUUCCACUCUAUCUGAAAUUGUUAUCUUUAGGAAAAACUGUUGCCUUCCCCACUGUGAUUCAGAUUCAUGUUGGGGCUAUGUGAAAAGUUGGGGGUGGGGGGUUUUACACUGUCCUUGCUGCCUGGAUUGAUAAUGAUUACUGUAUGCUGGUAAUAACCAUGGGGUAGAGGUUGAUACCCAUUUCUCUGAAUGUAAUUACUUUCUUGCAACAUUUGCAUUUGGUGUGAACUCUCGUUCAAGUGAAUGUAUGUGUUGUCUAGACUGGUAAAAGAGCUUUAAACUAUUCUUUCCUGCUGUCAGUUCAACUAGUAAUUUUAUCUUUUUUCUUUUUUUUUUUUUUUUUGGAAAAACCUAGUAGAGUAAGUAAUGUGUACUGGGAAAUAAGAUAGAGGGUACCUUUGUAAAACUUUUCAUAAAAAGUAUCUGGUAAGGUAUCAGAGGGGCACAGUCAGUUUGACUUUUCAGUAAAGUUUAGAUGAUUUGCGUAGUGUACUCCUGCCCAGAUUCUUCUGUAUUAUAAUUUUCUAAAAUCCUAAUUCCCUGUUUAUUAAUAUUUGUCUUGUUUCUCUGCAAAAGACCAACUCUAACAAGUAAUAAUGACAUUUAUAGAAACUGCUGUCCAACACAUAAGGUAAACUGGGAUAGCAUUUGAGGGCAGGGAAAACAAACUAGUUAGCCUGAAGAGGCUCUGAACUACUGUCACUGAAGCAGUAUUGGAUUAAAAUUUUGCACAGAUAUGUUUCUUUUAAGUUGACUUGUGUCCCUUAAGUUGCCAGCUGAUUGUUGACCUGUGCUGUGGUUUGUAUGUAUUUCUAAAAGAAAUGUACAUAAUUCCUACAGUCCGUUUUUGGAGCAGAAUGUACAUAGCUAAGUAUUGUUUAAAUAUUUUAUUUUGUAAUGUAAUUACAAAAUUGGAUUCUGGAAAUAUAAACAAUUGUUAUUAAACUAUAAAAUGAAACUAGGUGCCUCAGUGAAUUACCCAAAUCAGAAUUCAUUUCCUUUGAUAUUUCUUGUUUUGUGUUGCCUCAUCUAGAAUCCAGUUUAGUGUUUCAAGUCAUAAUCUAUUUCUCUUAAGAACUGGUUUUCAGAAAUCAUGGUUGCUUUUACUCAAAGUACAGAAUUCUAAGCAUUGAAAUCCGUACUGACGCAAUUGCAUAUUUCAGCAUUUCUUUGGAGUAAUUUCUGAUCUAAGGAGGAAAGGCUUGCAGUGCUUGCCUGAAGAAUGACGUACGUGUAUGUAAAAAUGUAUUUGAUAACUUUUUCCUUAAAAUGGCAGUAAAUAUUUUUUUCAAAUGAAAAAAUAACUAAUUGUAAUAAAGAGCCCUUCCUGAAUAAGGAAAAGAAGGAAUGAGGAUAUAUUGGAGAACGUUUGGCCAGUUUACAUAACUUCUUUUAUUCAUUCAAUGAACUGUAACUACUUCAGUCAAAAUUAUAAUUCAUUAUCUGCGUAAGAUAUUAGUCUUCCAAAUGCUUCUCCUUUGUCUUAAUGCGUAAAAAGUAAAUGCAACACUGGAUUCAUUUAACUGUACUGGCAUCUAAAUGUGUAUGCUUGUAUCAAUAUGCAAUGCUGAAGUGAACAAUUUUAUUAAUGAAUACAUUUUGUUUUGCUUAAUUUUUAUUAAAAAUUACUGAUUUAUCAGUUA